CUGAGUACCUUGUGGAGUCCAUCCGUGUCUUCACUACAAUGGAGGAGGCUGGGGCUCUGUCUCAGAGGGGAGCCAGAGGGUUAUUAUCUCUGCCCUCUCUGCUAACGCCUCCAGGUUCCUGAUGGAUGUGAGCUGUGAGAAGUAUGACAACAGCUUCAAGAUCAUCAGCAAUGUCUCCUGUACCACCAACUGCUUAGCACCCCUGUCCAAGAUCACCUAUGACAACUUUGGUGUCGUGGAAGGACUCAUAACCACAGUCCACGCCAUCACUGCCAUCCAGAAGACUGUGGAUGGCCCCUCUGGGAAACUGUGGCUGACGGUCACGAGGCUCUCCAGAAUGUCAUUACGGCUACUGCCAAGGCUGUGGGUGAGGUCAUCCCUUCCCAAAUGCAAGGACCCCAUGAAUCCCCUGUGAGGAUCAAUCCUCCAAAAGUACUUUCCUUUCUUAUGGCACUCUUCACAUCUACUGAGCACAGCACCUAACAUGUCCAAUAUUUUAUCUCCCCCACUAGACUGGGAGCAAAAGUGGAAAAUCAGAAGUAUUAGGCCUUGGUCCAGC